AUGGCCAACAGCAAUUCACCUGAUUACAGAGCCCUUUCACUGCAAGCAGAAGAAGAAUGGAAACAUGCAGAAGAGCAGCGCAGACAUGCAGAGGAGGGACGCAGACAUCAGAGGAGGGGCGCAGACGUGCAGAGGACCGUCACCUACAAACUACCCUUCCCGAAACCAUCCCGCUCUACAAAGGGAGCAAUACAACCACUGAAGAGAAAAUAUUUCCCGACAAAGCUCCUCCCUUGGGUCGACUUGCCAGCCAAGCAGCACGACAUCUACACCUCUGUCUGCAACUAUCUAGCGCCCGCUGGAGGGGCUGAACAGCGCUCAUUUCCGCCUAUUAUUGCUCUGGAAGAAAUUUCCCGACGCGUAAGCCGUCGCCCACUCAGUAGUGAGCGGGACCUUGAGACCUAUGAGCGUCUGGCCGUGGAAGAUCACUUGUGGAUAUAA